GCCGAGUUUUACUUCCUCCGCGGCGUGCUACACGACCACCCACACCACAAGGCGCGCACAAUCUUGGAACAGACCAAGGCCGCCAUGGGCCCGGAGUCGGUGCUGCUGGUCGAUGAGAUGAUCUUCCCAAAAAUGGGCGUCAACCUCGCGGCGGCGUCUAUCGAUAUGACGAUGCUCACUGGGUUGGCGGGCAUGGAGCGCACCGAGGCACAGUGGCGUGAGUUGUUUGAUGAGGUGGUACUUGAGCUGGUCAAGAUAUCUGUGUACAACCCGGGGAACUAUGAGGGUGUUAUGCAUGUGCGUUUGCCCGGUUAG